UUCGCUUCCCAUUCUUCCUAUGCAGACAGACACACAACAUGGCGGACUAGAAUAGUCGGCCGACGCGCCCGGAUACAGCGGAUAAACCGUGGGACUUAACAUCCAGGAAGGCCAAGAAAGUACACUCUGAGGGGACGGAGCGUCGGGGCGAAGUAAGGAUUUUUUGGGGCAGUGCCGUCCUCGCCUGGAUCCAGCAGAUAAACUGACCGCGAAGUGUUGGCUGUGUGUCCCAGAUCGUGCUUCCCUCCUCUGCUAUCACCCAGGUCCCCCCACCCCGCUCUCACUCUCGGUUCCUGGGGUGUGGAGACAGGGGCCGGGGUUGAAAAACGUGGAAGAGAAAGAGAGGACACAUUCCUCCCUGCCUCUCCCCCCCUCCUCCUUCCUCUGGUUUCCUCUGGGCGCUUCCAAGAGUUGUGGACCACGCUGUGCGAAUGAGUGAUUGAUGCCAACUUCCCGUCUUCAGGGCAGAAUGGGUGUGUGUCCCCUGCUCCUGCUGCUCGGUCUAGCCCUCGGGGCCGCCCAGGAUCAUGUCCCCAUCACAAGUCCUCCAAAUAUCACUGCCAAACCCACAGACCCCCCUGCCGCACCCUCCCUCAACUUUACAGUCGCACGCACACAAGCCCCCGCGGGCCCACCCACGACGCUCGCCCCCACAGUCAUCCCGGUGACGACAAUAACAACAACAACCACGACCCCAAGCCCAGCUGGUGAGGGUGAUGUACAACCAGCAGGUCCCAAUGGCACCGGGCGGGUAUUACCAGUCCCCCCACCUCCACCUCCGGCUCCAACUGAUGCCCCUCAGCCACCACCGAGCUCCGGGCCUGCCCCUCCUCCCACUCCAGUGGGGGCAGACAACGGGACCACAACAUACGCUCUAGACACCCCAACUCCAGAGACUUAUUUUAUUGAGGACGAUACAAUCGACGUGGAGACGGAGACCACGACAGAACCUGGGAUGGGGUUCACCUCAGACACCACCCCACAUGACAACAACCAGUCUGAUGACAUGCCAAUCAUAGCAGUCAUGGUGGCCCUGUCCUCCCUGCUGGUCAUCAUCUUCAUCAUCAUCAUCCUCUACAUGCUGAGGUUUAAGAAGUAUAAGCAGGCGGGAAGUCAUUCAAACUCCUUCAGGCUGACCAAUGGUAGAUCAGAUGAUACAGAACUCCAGAGUGUCCCGCUAUUGGCCCGUUCCCCCAGCACAAACAGGAAGUACCCACCGCUUCCCGUCGACAAGCUUGAGGAAGAAAUGAACCGUCGCAUGGCUGAUGACAACAAGCUCUUCAGGGAGGAGUUUAAUGCGCUGCCAGUCUGCCCCAUCCAGGCAUCAUGCGACGCUGCUUCCAAGGAAGAGAAUAAGGAAAAGAACAGAUAUGUGAACAUCCUGCCAUAUGAUCACUCCAGGGUCCACCUCACAUCUCUGGAGGGAGUCCCUGACUCUGACUUCAUCAAUGCCUCCUUUAUAAAUGGUUACCAAGAGAAGAAUAAGUUCAUUGCAGCUCAAGGGCCGAAGGAGGAAACGGUGAAUGACUACUGGCGGAUGAUCUGGGAGCAGAACACCGCCACUAUUGUCAUGGUGACCAAUCUGAAGGAGAGAAAAGAGUGUAAGUGUGCCCAGUACUGGCCGGACCAGGGCUGCUGGACAUACGGGAACAUCCGCGUGUCCGUCGAAGACACAAUGGUUCUGGUGGACUACACCAUCCGCAAGUUCUGCAUCCAACAGGUGGGAGAUGUGUCAGGGAAGAAGCCUCAGAGGCUCGUCACCCAGUUCCACUUCACCAGCUGGCCUGACUUCGGGGUGCCCUUCACCCCCAUUGGCAUGCUCAAGUUUCUCAAGAAAGUCAAGAAUUGCAACCCCCAGUAUGCCGGGCCCAUUGUGGUCCAUUGUAGUGCCGGCGUGGGGAGGACAGGGACCUUCAUUGUGAUCGAUGCUAUGUUGGACAUGAUGAUCGCUGAGAGGAAGGUGGACGUGUUUGGCUUCGUCACCAGGAUCAGAGCCCAGCGCUGUCAGAUGGUCCAGACUGAUAUGCAGUACGUGUUCAUCUUCCAGGCGUUGUUAGAGCACUACCUGUAUGGAGACACAGAGCUGGAGGUGACCUCUCUGGAGUCCCACUUGGCCAAACUCUACGCCCCCUCACCUGGAGCUGGCUGCAGUGGUCUGGAGGCUGAAUUCAAGAAACUGACAUCCAUCAAGAUUCAGAAUGACAAGAUGAGAACAGGCAACCUGCCCGCCAACAUGAAGAAGAACAGAGUCUUACAGAUCAUUCCAUACGAGUUCAACAGAGUGAUCAUUCCAGUCAAACGAGGAGAGGAGAACACCGACUACGUCAAUGCCUCUUUCAUUGAUGGCUACCGUCAGAAGGACUCCUACAUGGCGAGCCAGGGCCCCCUGCAGCACACCAUAGAGGACUUCUGGAGGAUGAUCUGGGAGUGGAGAAGCUGCUCCAUAGUCAUGCUCACUGAGCUGGAGGAGAGAGGGCAGGAGAAGUGUGCUCAGUACUGGCCCAGUGAUGGAGCAGUGGUCUACGGGGACAUCUCCAUCGAGAUUAAAAGGGAGGAGGAGAGCGAGAGCUACACAGUGCGUGACCUCCUGGUCACGAACAACAGGGAGAACAAGGCUCGAGCGGUGCGUCAGUUCCAUUUCCACGGCUGGCCGGAGGUGGGCAUCCCCACUGACGGUAAGGGCAUGAUCAACAUAAUUGCUGCGGUGCAGAAACAACAGCAGCAGUCUGGCAACCACCCCAUCACGGUGCACUGCAGUGCUGGUGCUGGCCGGACGGGGACGUUCUGUGCGUUGAGCACAGUCCUGGAGAGGGUGAAGGCAGAGGGCAUCCUGGAUGUCUUCCAGACAGUCAAGAGCCUCAGACUGCAGAGACCCCACAUGGUGCAGACACUGGAGCAGUACGAGUUCUGCUACAAAGUGGUCCAGGAGUAUAUCGAUGCCUUUUCCGACUACGCCAACUUCAAGUAGGGACCUGCCGUGGAGGGAUGGAUGUCCACAUACACUUCAUGCAAGCAUAAUGCACGCGCCAGAACACACACACAUACAUUACCAUGCAGAAAGCUGCAUAUUCCCAUCUGAUGGAUUUUUUCCAAAAGACUCAUCACAACUUGACCUGUGGAUGGGAUGAACUGCCCGGAGGAAAAGGGAACAGAGGCCUCGGCCCGGAGGACAGGGCAGUGCAGUCGGACAGAGAAAAUAACUGAGAUGCCUUCUUGAAUAUUUUGUAAUAUUGGUCUUGUUAAUACAGCCCUUCACCCCCAUUUGCUUCCCAUGCCCCCCCCCCCCUUCCACAUAUGUAUAUAUACUUACUGUGUUGCAUCUUAUUACUUUGGUUUCAGACACAGUUUUGAGUUUGGCUGCAUUUUCGGGUGGCACCUGUAAUGUAUUUUAUUGGUGUGUGUGCGUGUGUGUAUAUACACACGCACACACACAUACAUAAAUAUAAAUAUACAUGAAUAUAUAAAUAUAUAUGAAUAUGAAUGGAAUGCUUUGGAGGCUAAUGUAAGAACAUCCAGAGGCAAGGUAAUGAUGUUUGGAUUUCUUUUUUACUUUUUAGGGUCAGAGACUUAAAACAUGUUUGGCUUUGCUCGAGCCGCGCUGUAGCAACAUGUGUGGUAGCAAAAUCCUGAACAUUUACACACAAAACUCCUACACACACACACACACACACACACACAAGCAGAGCCAUUUAGUUCCAUCUAUCGAGCCAAUUACACUUUUAGGGGUUUAAAGGCCACUCAUGAUUGAAGAUCUGAAUCUCAGUAAUGUAGCUCAUAGGCUCAGGGUGACACACACACACAUGCACACACAAACAUAUACAGUAAAUAGUAGGAGCCAUUCUUUUUUUGGAGCAUCUGUGUGUGUUUGUUUGAACUUGAGCAUAAGCUGGCAGAGAAGACGGCGUGUUUUCAAAUCACUGCUACCCGCCAAGUGCCAAAAUCCUUCACUCACUUGGUUCUGAGUCUGAGACACUUUACCAACCCUGUUCAGACAUUCAGUACAAGAAAGCUAUUUUACCGUCUAAGCUCCUUUCGCGAACACAUUCGUGGACUAUGACAGGAAACUGGGAAAGUAGAAAGUAAGUAUGGAUUUUUUGGGGGAUUCUCUGCCCUUUACAGAAAUUUAAGGAACAGGAGAAUUGGUCAAGCUUUAAUGUAAAAUCUCUAUAUUUUUAUUUGAAGGUCUGUUACAAUAUCAGCAGCAAUGCUGAUCAUGUUGACAAGCCAAAUCACAAACAACACAAUCACAAGUUACUCCAUUAUUGCAUUAUAAAUUCAGCAAAUGCUAUGUACCCGGCAUAUUUUGUUUCUUGUUUACAGACACAUGUCAGUAUUUCUUGUAGACCGUAUUGAGCAUUUCUUUUCUGUAUGGGUUUCCUUUGAGUCUGCCUGAAUUGACUGUAUAUAUGUAUAUAUAUAUACACAAUCAUAUAUAUAUGUAUACAUAUAUACAUAAGCCUUGCAUCACUACGCUGUACUGUCACUCUUUUAAAGAAUGAUCCCCGUUUCUUUCCCACCAUGAACACUGAUGCCGAAGAAUGUUUCUUUUUAUUCGAAUGCUGUUGCCAACGUAUUCCUCAAAAAUGGAUGCAUUGUUACUUUAAUAGCGGAGGUGUGCCAUGCGAUGUUUGCUAUGAUUUUUUUUUUUUCUUUUAAUGGCCAUCCUGUGAGGACCCUCAGACUUGAACUACAGUGUUUGUUUUUUUUAGAUGAGGUCACAGUUGAGGCCAUGCCCUUUAUGAUUGUACUGAAAGAUGAAUAAUGUCGGUUAAUCGCAGGGCCUUCAGGUCAGUCGUCAUUUCAGCUCGCAGGAAAUGACUGAUGCCAGGAUUCUUUAAAUUUACAAACUGAACAUAUUCAGCUUGAGUUCAUCUCCAGAGCUGAUUUAACAUUCAACUGGGUUUUAACUCUCACCAGAGGAGCAUUCAGAGGCUCACCUGCAUUUUAACAGUUUUCAAUGCCAUGAUAUGAGCAGCAACAUUUCUUUUCAGAGUUUUUAAGAUGUCCUUUUUUAUUAUUAUCAUUUUAACAGAAAACAGCCCCUUUCUUGUACAUUAUUUACAUCACACUAAUGCAUUACACUAACACUCCCAUAUGUUUUAACUUUUCUGAAAAGAAGGAGCACAAUCAAAGUUAAUUUAUUGAAAGCAGAAGUCAUUAAAAGUACAUGCUGAAUUUUCAGGAAGGGCGAUUGCGUCAAUGUUUGAUUGCUUGAACACUCAUGCACUGUUUGCACCAAAAGCAAAGCCCUUAAAAUACAGAAGCGAAUGAGAGCUGAGGUCAGAAUGGCGAUACGGCCUUUGAUGUUGGAGUAUGGGAGCUAUAUUCGAACUCUUGAGAAGCUAUUUCAGGUCUCGAAGCCCCGGGUUAAGCCUACUAUAAGGCCCCUGCAGGGACUUAAAAGUAGCAGCCGUUUUAAUUGACCAGCCACUGAGACUGUUGGCUGUUUGAGCAUCGUCACAGUCAUUUCAGGUCCUCUUUUGUUCCAAAGCAUCACAAGUGCCCACGCUCUGAGUUACGUGCCAUUAUGUUCUUCUUUUAUUUACUUCACCACUUAUUGGUGGUAAUCAGUAGAGGAGGGGAUGCUUUGUGUUUUGGCUUUUCUGUCUGUGCUUCAAACACAGGUUUAUUGUGUGUGUUUGGAUCAUGUGAUCACUCUGUCUCACUGCAAUUUGACAGCAAAACGCGACACUGUGCCCACCCACAAGACCCACUAUUUUACUAUUAGAAUGAACUCUAAAAAGUGCCUCACUGGUAGGUUAAAAAAAAAAACAGCAACUUAAUUUUCUCAAUUUUACAGACAGCAUGUGGUAGAACAUCUGCAUUUUCCCGACUCAGAUGUAUUUCCUCAAAGAUCACAGCAGACUGAUGGUAAACCUCUUUGUAUGACAAAUCAAUAGGGCCAAAAGCAAGACUGGGUCAGUCAUCCUUCCUCACAUUCCCUCUAGUUGCAUAUGGGUAGAUUCCUGGAUAGUGCAGAUCAAACUAACAAUUAGGUCACUUUUUAAUUGAUUCCAUCUUUGAUUUGAUGGCUUCAUUUCAUUCCAUAUCACUUAAAUGUGGGAUCCAUGACAAGUAAUCAAUUGUGGAUACCCAAGUGUAAAAAAAAAAAAAAAAAAAAUUCCCACAGCAAAUCCAUUUGCAUCUUUAAUGCUUUUUCACGAGGGAAAGCAGUUGUCCCUGUUUCACAUCCC